CUUGGGUUGGGGCUCACUUUAUGCGUGGUGUGGUGUUGGUGUGAUCAGCUUCGCAGUCUGGAAAGCUUUAGGAGUACACAGUGUCACAGAGCUUGUCUGCAGUUUUCUUCCUUUCUCUCCCUCCACCCCGUGAGUGAGUAGCCAUGAACUGGUCUGUGGGAGUCCUGCGGGCCGGCCGGAGAGUGGAGGCUGCGAGAGUGAAUUUCCUGUGCCCGAGGGGGGCGCUGUGUCCCCGCCAGCCGGCAGGCAUCUCCCUUCCGGUCGCGUGGCCCGUCACCCUCGUGUCCAGGAUGGCGACCAUCAAGAGUGAGCUUAUCAAGAAUUUCACCUCCGAGGAGGCCGUUCAUCACAACAAAGUCUCCAUUAUAGGAACCGGAUCGGUUGGCAUGGCCUGUGCUAUCAGCAUCCUGUUAAAGGGCUUGACGGAUGAACUUGCCCUUGUGGAUGUUGAUGAAGACAAACUGAAGGGUGAGACCAUGGAUCUGCAACAUGGCAGUCCAUUCGUGAAAAUGCCGACUAUUGCCUCCAGCAAAGAUUACCUUGUCACUGCAAACUCCAACCUUGUGGUCAUCACAGCAGGUGCACGCCAGGAAAAAGGAGAAACGCGGCUUAAUUUAGUCCAGCGCAACGUGGCCAUCUUUAAGUUAAUGAUUUCCAAUAUUAUCCAGUAUAGCCCUCGCUGCAAACUGAUUGUUGUUUCCAAUCCAGUAGAUAUAUUAACUUACGUGGCCUGGAAAUUGAGUGGAUUUCCCCAAAACCGUGUUAUUGGAAGUGGUUGUAAUCUGGACACUGCCCGUUUCCGUUUCUUGAUUGGGCAAAAGCUUGGUAUUCACUCUGAAAGCUGUCAUGGGUGGGUCCUUGGAGAGCAUGGAGAUUCCAGUGUCCCUGUGUGGAGUGGAGUGAACAUCGCUGGUGUCCCUCUGAAGGAUUUGAGUUCAGAUAUAGGAACUGAUAAAGAUCCCGAGAAGUGGAAAAAUGUCCACAAAGAUGUAAUUGCCAGUGCCUAUGAGAUUAUUAAAAUGAAAGGUUAUACUAAUUGGGCCAUUGGCUUAUCUGUAGCUGAUUUAACGGAAAGCAUUUUGAGGAAUCUUAGAAGAGUGCAUCCAGUUUCCACCAUAAUUAAGGGUCUGUAUGGGAUAAACAAAGAAGUAUUCCUCAGUGUUCCAUGUGUCUUGGGAGAGAGUGGUAUUGCAGACCUUGUAAAGGUGACGCUGACCCCUGAAGAACAGGCCCGUCUGAAGAAGAGUGCAGAAACACUGUGGGAAAUUCAGAAGGAGCUUGAGCUUUAAAGUUGUUUGAAACUAUCUUUCAGAAGUUAUUGAAGAGAUAGUAGGUGUGGGGUUGUAUAUGUCAAAUUUUUUAAUAAACUUGAAAUUGCUAGAAGUUGGAAAUAGGAAAGGAAGUACAGUGACUCAUCUGUUUAUUCCCCAGCUUUUUUAUUUAGCAUACAGAUGUCAGGAUGAUUUUUUUUCCCCACACAAUUCCUAAGUGACUGCAUCAAAGGUGUUUUUGUACCACUGAUGUGCCAGUACUUGCCAUAGACAGAGAGUUGCUAUUUGGUCCAAAAGGAUAAAGGAUAUAGGUUUGUUUAUUGUGUUACAGAAAUAAUUUUCAUUAAGUACAUGUUAAUUUUUUCAUUCUGGCUGGCUUACACCUACUGUGUUCAUUUAUAUACUGUUUUUAAGAAGUUGUGACUUUCUCUACAAUGUAAAAAUAUACAGACAGAAGUACUGUAAAGGAGCCAUCAGCUGCCUUCGUGCCCCUGUGACAACCUUUCAGGUGGGCCUUAAAAAAAGGCAUUAUAAAAUGAGAGCUGCGAGUAGGGCCUGUGUGUUGGGAGAAGGGGGUGCACAUGUACACACAUGCUCGUGUAUGGACGGCAGUGAAGCAGAAACAUUAGGUUAAAAUAGGAAAAUAGUAGUGGUCUGGGUGGUAGCAGUUAUAAAGCGUUUAAUGCAAUGUAAAGUAUGAAGUGUAAAAAGAUAGAAAAAA